AUGACGGACAAGCAGCACUGGCUUCCCGUAACGCGGGAGAACAUCCAGGCGGCACAUUCUAUGGUCAAGCCGCAUAUAUACGAGACCCCAGUCCUGACGUCCAAGACGCUGAACUCACUCGCGUCCUCUCCGCAGACGGCUGAUGCUCUGAAAGGAACUCCAUUCGAAGGCCAGCAGCCAGCUCGCCCGAAGAUUAACUUCUUCUUCAAGUGCGAGAAUUUCCAGCGAAUCGGUGCAUUCAAGGUGCGCGGGGCUUUCCACUCCAUCUUGCGAGUGCUCCAGACCAGGGGCGAGGAAGAAGUGAGAAGGCGUGGUGUAAUCACGCAUAGCUCUGGAAACCAUGCCCAGGCUGUUGCUCUGGCUGCGUCAACUCUUUCAAUCCCGGCAUACAUUAUCAUGCCGACGAUAUCUAUCCCAUCCAAGAUCGAAGCCACCAAGGGCUACGGCGGGAAGGUCAUUUUCUCUGGCUCAACGAGUGAAGAGCGCGAAGAAGUGAUGCGGAAGGUCCAGGAGGAAACUGGAGCUAUUCUGAUUCACCCCUACGACCACUCAGAUACCGUCAUUGGCCAGGGAACUGCUAGCCUUGAACUAGACGCCCAAGUAAACAAGCUCGUGUCUGAGAAUCCCGAGCUGAGCGUCCGCAAGACUGAGGAUGGGAAGGGAUGUGGUCUGGAUGCAGUUAUUACCCCCCUAGGUGGAGGUGGCCUGAAUUCCGGAGCCGCUACCGUCUUCGCCGAGCCAAAGGCAGAUGGCAAGAAGAUUCACGUCUUUGGUGCCGAGCCAUCGUUUCAAGGAGCUGACGAUGCCCGCCGUGGACUUAAGGCGGGCGCAAGGAUUCCAGAGGUAAAGUCACUUACCAUCGCCGAUGGGCUGAGGGUUCCCAUCGGUGAGAUCGCGUUUGGCAUCCUCUCCGAUCCCACCAAGUCCCGCGGCGUGUUCAGCGUGACCGAGGAGCAAAUCAAGAGCGCGAUGAAGCUUGUAGUGGAGAGGAUGAAGAUGGUCAUUGAGCCCAGUGCGGCUGUCCCCCUCGCGGUCUGCCUCUACGACGAGGAGUUUCGACGAAUUGUUGAGCAAGAAGGUGGUGAAGCCGGCUGGAAUGUCGGAGUCAUUUUCUCUGGAGGCAAUACGACCAUCGAAGCCAUGUCCCAGCUCUUCACUGCAUCUUAA